AUGGCCAUGCGCAAUGUACCUUGUCAAUCAACUGGGUAUUCGCCACACUACCUUCUGUUUGGGAAGGAAAUGAAUCUCCCUUUUGACACUACCUUACUGCCCAAAUCUACUCUUGGCAAGGAUGCACAGGGUCAUCUGCAAGAUCUCUUAACAAACCUCAGUGUGGCUAAAUCACUUGCAAAGGACAACAUGUCUGCUGCACAGGACAAAAGCAAGGGUCUUCAGGAUAUCAGAGCCAAGGAACCUUCCUACUCUGUUGGCGAUCAGGUUCUAAUGACUGAUCCCACAGUCAAAACCGGCCUUUCACCCAAACUAUCAAAGAAAUGGAUAGGGCCUUACAGAAUCAUUCGCAUUGGUCUAAACCACACAUACAAACUCAUGAAUGCAAGCACAAACAAGGAACAUAAAUCAUUCAUACAUGCCAACAGACUCAAGCCUUAUACACCUCCCACUCCUCGUAUGCAAGUGUCACAACCCACCCAGCAUCUGGCAACACCUACUCAGUCAACAUCCUCUCAGCCUGACAAUGCACAUAGACAAGGCUCACAAACAGCUACUCCAACUCCGUCAACAUCCUCACAGCCAGACAAUCCUAUCACAACACAGCACAUGUCAAGCCAAGAACCAGAUAAUGAACCAGACAACACACACCCAUCAUCUUCCCAACAAGAUGAUCAACUGUAUGCGGUCAAAUAA